AUCGACUGCGUCAAAGCAUGAUGUUCCUCAGAUCCGCGGUGGUUCUGGGUCUGACCGGUAGCAAGGGAGUGUUGAGGAGCAUGUGUGCCCAAGCAAGUGACUGGCAGAGUGCCAAGACAAUCUAUGAGUUUUCUGCGAAGGAUAUAGAUGGCGCAGACGUGUCCCUCGAAAACUACAGGGGAUACGUGUGCAUCAUCGUGAACGUGGCUUCCAAAUGAGGAAAGACCCGCGUAAACUACACCGAGCUGACGGAAAUGCACGAUUCGUUAGCUAAGGAUGGUUUACGUAUUCUUGCCUUCCCAUGUAACCAGUUUGGAGGGCAGGAGCCUGGAACCAAUGCGGAGAUUAAAGAGUUUGCCAAAGGGUUUGGUGCCAACUUUGACCUGUUCAGCAAGAUCGACGUGAAUGGGGAUGAUGCUCACCCCCUGUGGAAGUGGAUGAAGGCCCAGCCGAAAGGGAAAGGGACACUGGGGAACAACAUCAAGUGGAACUUCACAAAGUUUCUGAUAAACAGGGAAGGAGUUGUGGUGAAAAGAUAUGGCCCCACGGACGAUCCCAAAGUGGUGAGGAAAGACCUGCCAUCGUACCUGUAAUACAACAGCAGUCUCCUAUUCCUGUUCAACUUCAGGCUUCUCAUGCUGUCAGAGGUUUUGGUGUGUGUGAGUGGAAGUGGACCAAUGACGGCCUGUCCGUAAACCUGACUCAGGGGAGGGCAGGCCUGAUGACUAUCGUGCAAAUAUUUUCCACAGCUCCCACCUCACACCAAAACCUCCCCGACGUGUGUGAAGGCUUGUUUGUCUGCAGGAGAGAUGCUCCACUUUUAAAACGCCAUUCCUACUAUGAACAAAUGUGAGCUGUGUGUAGAGCUACUGAGGACUGAAACGGCUUGUUCUUCACCUAGAUAUUAUGCAUAUUAAUGGCCAUCUUGCAUUGAAAAUCAUGCACUAACAGAAAAUAUAACCCAGCAGGUAAACCGAGAUCAUUUUCUGUGACAAGUAUUGGAAUAAAAUGCACUGGUGA